AUGGUUCUCGUUCAGAUCCCCAUGUGCAAUGAAAGAGAGGUGUAUCAACAAUCAAUCGCAUCUGCUUGCCAAUUGGAUUGGCCAAAAGACAGGAUUUUGAUUCAAGUUUUGGACGAUUCAAGCGACGAACUUUUACAGAUUUUGAUAAGAAACGAAGUGAAUUCAUGGAAAGAGAAAGGAGUAAACAUCAUCUACAGACACAGAUUCGUUAGAACAGGAUACAAAGCUGGAAAUCUUCAUUCAGCGAUGUCUUGUGAUUAUGUCAAAAACUAUGAAUUUGUUGCCAUUUUAGAUGCAGAUUUUCAACCUAAUCCUGAUUUCCUUAUACUGACAGUUCCGCAUUUUAAGGGGAAACCGGAUUUGGCUCUUGUUCAAGCAAGGUGGUCAUUUGUAAACAAAGAUGAAAACUUACUCACAAGGCUACAAAACAUCAAUUUGUGCUUUCAUUUUGAAGUUGAACAACAAGUGAAUGGACACUUUCUCAACUUCUUUGGAUUCAAUGGAACAGCGGGUGUUUGGAGGAUUAAAGCUUUGGAAGAAUCGGGUGGAUGGCUUGAAAGAACAACGGUUGAAGAUAUGGAUAUUGCUGUUAGAGCACAUUUGAAUGGAUGGAAGUUUAUUUAUCUUAAUGAUGUUAAAGUUCUUUGUGAAUUGCCCGAGUCUUAUGAAGCUUAUAAGAAACAACAACAUCGAUGGCAUUCGGGUCCUAUGCAACUUUUUCGUCUUUGCCUUCCUGCUAUCCUUUCUUCCAAGAUAUCAAAGUGGAAAAAGGCAAACAUGAUCUUCUUGUUCUUCCUUUUACGAAAACUAAUUCUACCCUUUUACUCAUUCACCCUCUUCUGUGUGAUUCUUCCCUUAACAAUGUUCAUACCCGAAGCCGAAUUACCAAUUUGGGUCAUAUGUUACGUACCCGUGACCAUGUCAAUCUUAAACAUUCUCCCUUCACCAAAAUCAUUCCCAUUCUUGAUGCCAUACUUGUUGUUUGAGAACACAAUGUCAGUAACCAAAUUCAAUGCCAUGGUCUCUGGUCUUUUCCAGCUUGGAAGUGCAUAUGAAUGGGUCGUCACUAAGAAAUCAGGGAGAUCAUCGGAAUCAGAUCUUCUGGCGUUUGCAGAAAGGGAAUCGAAAAGCUUCAGUGAAGACAAGAUUCAGAGACGUUUGUCUGAUUCCGGACUUGACAUGCUUGGGAAAUUGAAGGAGCAAGAGAUUCCGAUUGUUGUUGAGAAGAAGAACAGAAUUUAUAGGAAAGAACUUGCGCUUGCGUUCCUAUUGCUUACUGCUGCUACAAGAAGUCUUUUAUCGGCUCAUGGAAUCCAUUUCUAUUUCUUGUUGUUUCAAGGGUUGUCGUUUCUUGCUGUAGGGUUGGAUUUGAUUGGGGAACAGGUAAACUGA